AUGUCGAAUUAUCCUCGUCCACCUACAUUUGGGACCCCUUUCAACCCUAACGUCCACAUGGAACCUCCAGUUGGCAGCUACGAUAAUGGUCUACCUCAAUACCCGUAUCCAUAUCAAAAUGCUUCGUCUCUGUAUGGCCAAGGCCAAAUGAAUGGUAUGCCUAUAGUACCACAUACAAAUGCGAAUACCCAUUCCUUUCAUUCAAAUGCUCAAGGUGUGACAACACCCAGCUCUGGGAACGAAAUCUAUGGAGCCCCAUACCCAUCUCAUGGUGGGCAAAUCCAAUACAGUGCCUUUCAAUCUCCAGCAUUCCCUCCAACGCCGUCUGCGCAUGGUGUGCCUUCUUACGAAGCUCAAAACUCUACUCAACCUUCCACAAGUUCAAAUCUUCCUUCAAAUCCUGGUACUGUCUUCUCAAAUCUUCAGGCUGCCGCGGAGGUCCAAAGCACGAACAUUAGGGACUCAGAUACGGUUCCACCUGCAUUGUCCGAACUAGAAGACGGCGAACUUGACGACGGAGAAAUCGAGAAAUCAACCCGUCAUUCAAGAGCGAGUACGGCGACCUUUUCAGGAAUGGCGCAACACAAGCGACAUGAGGACGAAGACCCUGCAGACAGAGAAUCCGGUCACCGUGUUGCAAACGCUCCAAAUAAACCGCUUCCUGGGCUCAUUCGAGACUCGCUUGCUGCGCCAAAUUCCCCGCGCUCCACUGCAUCGCAACCUCGCCCAUAUCCCAUGCGGAACGGCUUCAUCAAUCAUCUAGAUGAUCCUCUGUUUUCGCGGACGGCAGAGAACACAUCAGCCCAGCCUCAGCUGUCAAUGGAUACCGUUGCACAAGGAUCUAAGGAAGCAAGUCUGCGAUUGGUAGAUCAAAAGAUGGACGAAGCCAAACAAGCAUUACGAGACUUGCAUUCGGAAGGGUUUGACUUCAACCGAAUUAUCAAUGCGGGCUUGAAUCCUGAUAUACUCCGGAAACUCUACACCAAUAUCGGGCUACCAGUCACAGCUUCUUCAAAUCUACUGCAACAGAAAAUCAUGAAACCACGAGUUGGCGCUAGAGACGUGCCGACUGAAAGCACACCAGGUGAGGCAAUUGUGGGCAUUCACGACCAACAUCCCAAACCGCCACAGAGAGGCUCAAAUGACAGCGUCCUUGGCGAUGACACGUUUCCACAUCUGGUAAACGAGGAAGGCAAGAUCAACAGCCAACCCACUGUUGCAGCGAACAAGAACGAGGAGAGUCAGUGCAGAGUCAAGCCAGCUCAGCGAAACUAUCGAAAUCCUCGAGUUUGA